GAAAAGCUUAGUAAUGGCGGAAACAGCCACUGCGCCGGAAAAUACCAUCACAAAUCCGACUCAACCCGAACCUGACAAGCAGAUUACGGAAAAACCUGCUCAACCCGAUCCACCUUCCAUAAUGUCAGCCCCACCUCCGAACCCUAACCCUAGCACGCCGCCACCGUCGUCAGUUCUCGCUCCUCCACCUCCAUCGAUCCAGCCGUCCUUCCGUCCUGUGGCACCGCCCCCCUCCAUAGCCACUCCUCAAUUCACGCCGGUGCCGACCGUGAAUUAUCAGACACCUGGAGUUCCACCGCCAGGGGUGAGCGGCGUGACGCCUAUGGUGAUGCCUCCUGCACCGUCACCGGGGAGUGGGGUGCCACAAACUCCGGUGGCUUCGAUGCCUGUGAUGAUGGCGCCUUAUACUGUGCCCGGUCAGCCGAUGAGACCCUAUGCACCCUUGCCAAAUGGUUACCCGGGGAUACCUCAGUCUCUUCCCCAAGGAGCCAUGCCUCCCCCGGUGUUCUCAUGAUUGAGUACGGUGAAAAAAGUUGGAGGGCUUCAUUAGGGACCACUGACUACCCCACCGUUCAACUCCGUUUUUGGUAUGCACCCAUUUAUUUGUUAAUCUUUAUUUUGCAUACCCAUAUUUUAGCCAUGUGGUAAUAUAUAUGCUUCUGAUGCAUAAAUCAAAAACGAUGGCAAAAUAGUUUCAUAAUUUCACGUCACCGUCAUAGGUUAAAAAAUAUGAUUCUCUCAAUUGUCACACUAAAUAUUGUUUGAUUGUGCUAUGCUCAUUUAGUAGGCUAGUAGUCAUAAGGAUGUUUUGCCCCUUUAUGGGAUUUUGAUUUCUGAAUUGCCGGCAGCACAUUAAGUUAACAACUGAGUGCUCCUUUGCCUCUAUAAUCCAAGGUAUCACAAUCUUCUCAACCAUACAAUUUUGAUUUUGUUUCUUUGCAUUUAUUAUGACUCCCGUGAGAAUCAGUCAGUUUGGGUUUUGUUUCUUAUUCCUUCGAGAUCCUUUUUCAAUGUUUAUUGUAAUUAAAGAGUGUAGACAAUGAAAUAAUAGUUUUAUGCCCUCGAAUGUUUUGGUUUGACUUGUGGAUGGGACAUUGGUAAUCUCAUCUCACUACUGAAUUCAAAUCGUCACCUUCAGUGCUUGAAAUUGGGGUAGUUUUGUCAAAGCUUCUGUUCUGCAAGUGGAUGCAUAAGGUAUGCCCAGCUCACAUAUUCCUGGUUUAUGAGUCCAGUGUUAUUGUCUUGAUGUACAUUCAGGUUAUUUGUUCAACUGGUGAGUGCUGUCAUGCCAUUACUGCCAUCUUGUUUUGCUUCUAACAUUUUGGGUAACAUCAGCUGAUUUUUCUUGUUAGAUUACUUUUUGUCUCCUUUUCAGUGCAAUGUAAGAACAUUCUAAUUGUAAUAUUUUGUAAACACGCUCUGACAAAUCUGCAUAGAUUUUUGUGUUCUCUUUAUGCAGGAGUUCUUCGAUAUCCCUCUCCAUAUGCACCAAUGAUUCGACCUGCGUUUCCUCCGCGACCAAUGGGUGUUAUUCCACCGAUGCUACGUCCUCCAGUUGCUGGGAUACGUGGGCCAAUUACUUCUCCCUUUAUUAGGCCACCUCCAGUCCCAAGUGUUACAUUGGCAGAAAAGCCACAGACAACUGUUUAUGUGGGCAAGAUAUCAUCAACAGUGGAAAAUGAUUUCAUCCUGUCUCUCCUGCAACUGUGUGGACCUGUCAAGAGUUGGAAACGUCCUCAAGAUCCCACAGAUGGAACUUUAAAAGGUUAUGGAUUUUGUGAAUUUGAGUCUGCUGAAGGGGUUCUUCGUGCACUGCGGCUACUCAAUAAACUAAGUGUUGACGGACAAGAGUUGAUGUUGAAUGUUAAUCAAGCAACUCGGGAAUAUCUUAAACAAUAUGUGGAGAAAAAAGCAGAGAGUUCAAAGAUCAUCAAUGAAUCAGAAAUUGAAGGUGCUAAAAAAGAGGAAGAAAGUGCUUCAGGAGCUGAAAAUAAUGACACUUUAAAGCCUUCUGAAGAAUCUCAAAUGCCUACAUCCGAUGAGCAAAAGAAAGAUAGCAGCGAAACAGUGAAAAAGGAAGAUACUGAUGCUGCACAAUUUGACCUUGUCAUUGAUGAAGAUAGAGAAGCUGAUCGAGAGGCCAUUGAGAAGCUUACAAGAAUGAUAGAGGAGAGGCUGAAGAACAAACCACUACCGCCUCCGCCUCCCCCCCCACAAAUGGCUGUUGAUGGUUCUGGCAACUCAGAGCAGCCUUCUAGGUUAAGGGAUAGGGAACCAGAAGGGGAUGUGGCAAAAAAUGAUUCAUUAGAAGAAAAAAAUGAAGAUGAGAAAACUGCUGAAAGCAAACCCUCAAGUGAGCAGGAUAGGACUGAAACUGGGUCACCUGAUCGUAGAAGGCAUGAUAGGAGCAGAGACCGAGACCGUGAUCUGAAACGAGAAAAGGAAAGGGAACUUGAAAGAUAUGAGAGAGAACGAGAGCAAGAACGAGCCAAGAGAGAGAAGGAUAGAGAAUAUAGGAGCCGUGAAGAUGAUCGUAGAUAUAAAGCACGUGAAAAAGAGUGGGAAGCUAGGGAAAGGGAGAAAGAACACUGGCGAAAGAGAGAGCGUGAAAAAGAGAGAGAGAGGGCACAGGAACGUAAGUGGGAAGUUGCGGACCAAGAGCAUGAUAAUGAUGAUGGAUAUGGAAAAAAGAGAAAAUAUAAGACUGGUGAUGAUGAGAGGAAAAGGAGACUAAGGGAAAAGGAAGAGGACUUGGCUGAUAGAUUGAGAGAGGACGAAGAGAUUGUGGAGGCUAAAAGGAAAGCUGAGGAAGAACAGCAGAAGAAACAGCAAGAGGAGGACUUGAAAGUUGUAUCUGGUCAACAAGCUAAUGGACAUGAGAAAGCUAUUUUGCCAGAUGAAACCAAUCUCGAAAACAAGGUUAAGGUUAUCGAUCAGAUCUCUGACAGCAAACCCAGUUUUGGUGAAGAAGUUUUACAAAAUGGUAUUGGGGAUGAAGAUGACACAUCAUCUAAUGCUGCAUCUGAAGCACGGCAGAACAUCAAUGCACCUGCUAGAAAGUUAGGAUUUGGUAUUUCUGGUUCUGGAAAACGAACUGCAGUCCCUUCUGUAUUUUACGAGGAUGAGGACGAGGAUGCGCACAAGGAAAAGAAGAUGAGACCUCUGGUUCCAAUCGAUUACUCAACUGAGGAACAACAAUUAGUUUCUGAGACUCCAUCAUCAAAUAUGGCUGCAGCUGCAGAAUUUGCAAAGCGUGUUAUAACAGCAAAUUCUAAAGAGGAGAAGCCGCCUGUGGAAAAAGAAAAAGGAAGACGGUCUCAUGAGAGAUCUAGCCAAAGAGAUCGAGAUAGACAUGAAGAAGAGAGUUAUCUGAGUCGCGACGAAAGUAGAAAGGAUAACUAUGACAGAGAGAGGUCACAUAAAGUGAAAACCCCUGAAAAGCAGAAGCUUUUUGAUGCUAAACAGUUGAUUGACACAAUUCCAAAGACCAAGGAUGAGUUGUUUUCGUACGAGAUAAAUUGGGCAAUUUAUGAUCAGAAUGCACUUCAAGAGAGAAUGAGACCAUGGAUAUCAAAGAAGAUCACAGAAUUUCUGGGAGAGGAAGAGGUUACGCUCGUGGACUAUAUCGUUUCUAGCACUCAAGAACAUGUUGAUGCAGGUGAGAUGUUUGAAAGGUUGCAGAGUAUAUUGGAUGAUGAAGCCGAAAUGUUUGUGCUUAAGAUGUGGAGGAUGCUCAUCUUUGAAAUUAAGAAAGUAGAGACUGGCCUAGCAGUGAGGUCCAGGGCGUGAUCUGAUCCAUCUGAAUUCAGCCACGCAUAAUUUUCUUGCCUUGGGUUUCUUUAUUCAUAUUUGGCAUCCGUUAAUGGAGGAAAUGGACUGCUGACCAAAGCUCAGAAUUUCAAAAUAUCUGUAAUGCUCAAGGUUGAUUGUAUCACCUGCAAAUAGAAUAAUGUUGUACUUUUGUUCAAUUUAGCUUCAAUAUCUGCAAAUAGAUUGACUGAGCUUUUUUUGUUUGGCUUCUUUUGAGUGGUACGUGUAGGUUCUGAAUUUUUUUCGUAACUUUAAUCGUGUCUUUUUUGGGCAA